UUCCCACACCGCAGGUAAUUGGACUUUUUAGGAAAAAAAAAAAAAAAAAACUCCGAACAAACACCGUAAGGACAAGAAGAAGGCGGCGGGAAGCCCAGGUGGGCCAAAUCGGACAUGGGACCGCGCCGCGCCGCACGGGAGGGACCCGGUGUCGCAGGAAGAAGGCGGCGUUCCUGAAGAACACCAAGGAGUUUCUAUAUUUUUUUCUAGUUUUUUUUUUUUUAUAUAUAUUAGGAAGUGGGGGGGGGUGGCAAGUUGUGGCAUUUGACGUGUGGGAACGAUGCGCCCCGACCGCCGCUUCAUCCUGCUGCUCCUCAACGGAACCGCUUGUUUGGUGGCCCUAAGCCAGGAGGAGCACCCCUCCAGCCCAAAGAGCGCCUCAGGAGACCCCUCCAAGACGGUGGGGCUCCUCAGCGGCCAGUCUCCCCUGUCGCCUCUCAGCCGCUGGAUGCUUCACGGCAGGAGCCGGGCGGCCAACGCCACCUCCAUGGAGCUGCCCUACCGCUCGCCGGCGGCUUUCUCCAAGCAGGAGUUUUCCAAACAGGAAUUCUGGGAGAUGCUGGGCAGCGACCUGCUCAAAAGCGACACGUCGGGCUCCCGGGUCAAGCGGCGGCCCAUCGUGAAGACGGGCAAGUUCAAGAAGAUGUUUGGCUGGGGAGAUUUCUACUCCAACAUCAAGACGGUGCGGCUGAACCUGCUCAUCACCGGCAAGAUCGUAGACCACGGCAACGGCACCUUCAGCGUCUACUUCCGCCACAACUCCACGGGGCAGGGCAACAUCUCGGUGAGCCUGGUGCCGCCCGUCAAGGCGGUGGAGUUUGACCUGGAGCGCCAAAGCGUGGUCUACCCCAAGGACUCCAAGAUCUUCAACUGCCGCGUGGACUACGAGAAGGUGGACCGCAGCAAGCGCACCUCGCUUUGCAACUACGACCCGUCCAAGACCUGCUUCCAGGAGCAGAUCCAAAGCCACGUGUCCUGGAUCUGCUCCAAGCCUUUUAAAGUCAUCUGCAUCUACAUUUCCUUUUACAGCACGGACUACCGCCUCGUUCAGAAGGUCUGCCCGGACUACAACUACCACAACGAGAUGCCCUACUUGCCGUCGGGUUAGCGGACUUUUGGGGGAGGCGAGGCGGGUGUCGGCGAGGGGGCGGGGGGGCGCUGUGUAGCCUGACCGGAGGCAGAUUGGAACGAUAUAUGCAAAACCAAAACAACAGUAUGCACACCACAGUCAUGUGGAGUGGCCCGGUAGAGGACAUUGCGUAAGUUCUGACCUGAAACCGAAUCCGUCUGCCCCCCCAUUGAGUCCCUCGUCUAUCCGGUGUGUGUCAAGAAGCUAGGAAAUAUUUCAGCGUGUAGACCGUAACUUCCUUCCGUUAUUGACUUCCGUCCAAACGGUUGAAUGUAAAGCUAAAGACAAAGUUCCGGUUGUCCCGAGACGUGGUCUAUGGUCUACGGUCUAUGAGGUUGAUGUUGAUGUUGAGGGAAGACCACAAAGAUAAAAUACCAGAUCAAACCCGAUCAAACUGCUGGUCCUACCAACUAUGGACUUUCCUAGCUUAAACAUUAGCUUAAACAUUAGCUCGGUCUGUCAGGACCUUCGAAUGAACCCCAAGUGGUCCUGACACUAGGAUUGGUUUUCCCGAGCAUUGCCAAUGUACCCUUGAGCAAGGCACGGAACCCCUAACUGAUAUUUACAAAUCCAAACAGGUUUACUUGAGGAACUCAAGGUUUCCACCCGGCACCCGGGUUCCCCCAUUUGAGUCUGGAUCAGUCAGUAAACCUUCCCAGGUCGGGUGCCCAGAAACGGAAACAAGAAGUAUCUCCAUAUGUACUACACCAUACUGAGUAUUUUUACAGCCAACAAGAUCUUUUAAUUGAAGUUGUAAUGCAGCGGAGACUGCAGUGCCGUCUUUUGGGGGCAGGGGGGGCGGUUGGGAGGGGGGGGGGGGUAGCGGAAGAUAAAAGAUUACAUUCUGUUGCCGUCAGGAUUCCUGAUUUCACGCCUUGAUAACUUUCACCGUUUCUGACAAACACGCCGCUUGCCGCAGUUAUUGCAGAGAAAUGAAAAUAUUAUCAUAAUAAUUGCGUAUCAUUUAAUCUGCGUUUGAAGUAAUUACGCUUUCAGCGAGGGGGGGGGGGUGCCCCCCGCCUCCCCCCGAACGCGCUGCAUUCCUCCACAUCAUUGCCGGCGGAUGCGGGAACGGACGCGGUCGGAGUUAAACGUCCUGGUUAGGAUAAACGGGCGCCGCCGGCCCGUCUCGUGUUGCGUUUGUAAACAAUAGCCAUGAAUUAGCUUGACCUUUGACACGGUGGGUGAGUGGGCCGAGUAUGCUAGCUUUUAAUUGGUAACGUAGCAUCGGCCUCCAUUGGCAGACACCCAUUCCCGACAUCAUCAAAGAAGAAAAGAUGCACAAAUUAACCUAAUCAUUAGGAAAUUGCUAAUUGGAAUUGGGGGGGGGGGUGUUUGAUGCUAGCCUCGUUUCUCAUUCAUUCCAUCCACAUCAGAGCCGUUAUUGAUUAGCGGAGCUUUACUGUCGAAACCGACAUCCUGACUGGAUGCCCCCCCCCCCCCCUUCCCCCCCGUGCUUGGUUUCUUAAUUAGCCCGACUUCUAUCAGCAUUACACGGCUUCCAUUGUUUACGGUGUAGUAGUUUGGGGGCGGGCUUCGUGUUCCGGGUGUCAGCAUAAAAAGCCGAGUAUGAUGCAUGGAUCCAGGAAGAAGCCAAUAAAUUUGGGUGUGCUGACUGGAGCUUUUUGUCCUUUGCCGUGUUUGCUCCCUAAAAAUGCCCUCCUGGCGUUCCGGGGGGGUGAGAUAAACAUCGAGUACGCCACGGCCUAAAAAAAAAAAAAAAAAAAAAGGCUUUUAACUGGAAUUAAAAGCCCUCCUGGUAUUUUGUUUUGGUCAGAAAACAGGAAAAUCCAAUUUGGAAUGAUUGGGAAAGAGUUGCAUUCAGAUGGGAACGUACCACUGAGUGAAAACGAUGUAAUCCGUAGGGUACGCGCAGACGGAACACCAAACUGUAGAAGAAGAAAGAACACAACUCCGUGCUUAUCUACAGUGGAAUUACGUUUGGGAGUCAUUUUGAAAAAAAAAAAAAAAAAAACUGGGGUGAGUUAUGUCAAUCAAAAUAUUCUGAUAUUACAUUGGCCUGUUGCUAGAGCUCACUUCUGGUCAUGUGACCUGACGGGGGGGCAUCGAUUCCGUUAAACAGCAGUUAGGCCGUCUAC